UAAUCGACAGGCAGGUCGUAAAACUCGAUUUUGGGCACUUGAAUAUAUGGACAUAUGGAUCUAUUAGCGGCCCACGACGAUUUGAUUCCCAUGUAGAUAUGUCCAAAUACGGACUCGCGCGAGUACAUUCCGAAAUUAAUUGCUUUACGAGUUUACGGUAUAUAGGUGUUCGACGCUUUUCAUCUUGGUCGAGUUUACCACGAAGAUAUAUUCGAUUGUACCCGACACCACGUGACGGCACGCUAGUCCAGGAAGUCGAGCACGGGAUUCUUGCACGAUAUAUGACAUAAGAACAAGUUGCGUACAAACACGUAACCUAGUAUUACAGCCUGUUACGAGUGAAUAAUGUGAUAACGAGAUUCCAGUGACAUUGUAGAAAAAAAUGUCUGGUGCGCUACGCCCUCACUAAAUAAUAAGCCAUUAUUGUACUACGUCGUAACGAGAAUUUUCGUCAUUAUCGUUAGAGAUAAUAAGAAUUUUUUUACAAGCGUUUCAAAUGCAAUACAGGCUUAUUAUAUUAUUAUAUAUAAAUCGAUUUGAACUCUUUAUAGACUCCAUAUUUCAUUUCGGAUUAAAGGUCACCGAUGUUUGUACCACGGUUCGCGUCUGUGAUAACUGAAGGCGGCGGCAUCUAAAUGUCGCGAGGAUUUCACACUUUACGAACGAUUCAAGUGCCGUCAGCCGCUUGAAUCCGCCCAUGAUCGUUUCGUCAUCUUCUGUCUUCGGCACGACCAUAGGGGAAAGUUCGGUAUUGGCUUAAUGGCGGUACGGUGGCGUGAAUUCUUGCGCGAAUACAGUCACGCGUCGGUCGCACAUUACAUGCAUCAUCGUGACAUACGCCGCACGUCUGGUCCGCCGGCAAAAAUGUAAUUAGGGACGGCAAUUAGCGGUUAUGGCGGUUUAGCAAUUGCGCAAACAAGUUAAUGCAGGAGACGCACGAUUACGGCGAGCAACGUUAACUAGAUCGCCUCGUUUUCUUCGCCUCGUUACCGCGCCGCGUCAACUUGAUAGUAACAAGAUAUUUUGUCUAGCUAACGUUUACGAAGCCAAUCACUCAAGCUGAACUUAAACACGAUCGUUAUCUAUUUUCUGCAAUUGCGAGAAUAUCCGUAAGCCCCUACUAUGCGAGCGCUCUUGCAAACGGCAGACCGAACAUUCGACGACCAUCGACGGUUGAAUAUUCAUGCGCAUCAUUGUCGCACGCACUUUGUCACGCGCUUAACUCCAUCGAAUGAGCAAAUGGAAUCUACAUAAUCUGCAUAAACUGUCGAGUUUAACGUCGAAUUUAUCGAGGAAUCAAGCCUGACAGACGUGGACAAAUAUCAAUAGCGUGGGGUCAAGUCGAGGUUGAAUCGAUUUGUAACGUUUAUCGGUCAAGUUGGAACACAAAGGACAUUUUUAAGUCUUUCUUCGUCGUUAACCGGCACUUCGCAUUCACUCUCGAGAGAAUCUCUUCUGCCGAGCCCAUCCCGGAAAAUCCUCGCGCAGACGUAUCUCACAAGUGGCUCGCGCAGAGAUACAUUCAUCGUUCAUAAGAGAGGCGCGCGUACGUGCCGCAUUGAGCGUCGCGCGGCAUCCAACCGACGUGGACUCUUGAGCAAGUUGGGAAGAGGCACGGGAGGUGGGGUACACAGCAGGGACAGGUAGACGGGCGCGCAAUUAAUUUCUCGAAGCGAAGGUUCGCAUAUCGGCUCGGAGUGGGCGAGCGACGAAAUAAGUACCGCCGCGCAAAAAGAGAGACAAUGUGUUAUGGUAGGCAGAACGAAGACGGCGAGGAGGAAGAGCGAGGUGAAACCAAUCCCUUUCGACCUUGCUCACGAUCGAAAAAAGAUCGAUACACCAUUGAACGCGCGCGCAUUUUUUUACCGCGUGCACGCAUUUCUCCCGGCAGCGGUGCGCGACGUGGAUCAGGAAGCUGUCGAAAGCGUGGCCUCGCCCCCACCGAUAGACAACGUGAGACAAAACCGAAUUCGAAAGUAGAAAAAGAUCCCGGGGGCACCUAUCUUACUUCCAUUAAUGAGAUCUAAACUGUUCCGCAAAUAAAAACGUUGUGCCAUACAUAUUAAUGAGAAGUAUUCUCUUUGAGAUGUUUCUAGCAUUUCGUAGAUGACAAAACAGAGAAAGGAAGAAAAAAAAAAAUGAAGCAAAGAUGACUCAAGUUUUGUAGAGGUGUGCAAUAACGCACUUCAAAAAUUAACUGCAUAGUUCAAGUUAUCACGAUGUGUUGGAGAUGAUCAACGCUUUCAGUCAGAGCUAUAAAUACGGUAAUACAUAAUUGCAGGAUACGCUGAUUACACUGCACACAACUCGGGAGGAAUAAAGGCAGCAGAGGAGAAAAGUCCGGUUUAAUAAAAUACUUUUUGCCGAGGAAAAAUCGCGCGCGAUAAAGGGUUAAGAGGAAUUCUCCGGCAAUCAAUCGUGAUAGAUACGAUAGAGCGGGAGUCGUUAAAUCGCGCGCGGCGACAAGCGUAGGUGCGCCGCGCGCGAGCGCGGUAAACUCCGCAGUCGCAUUUAAAUUUCAAUCGAGACGCAAUCCGCCAUUAAUGGAAACCGUACAAAUUGCACGUGAGGAUGUACUCAUUUUUUCCGACGAAUAACCGACGACGAUCUCUCAAGACUUGUCGGCGACGAUUAAUGUCCGCUUGCGAAAUAUGGCUAAUAACUUUAAUCGACUGGUACGCAAAGACUUUGUCCUCUGGUAUAUACUUAAGAAAAUGGGUAGCAGGUAACUGUAGAGAUGACUAAUUGUAUGGCGAGCAUAAUCGUAAGUGUACAGUGCGAAUGUCCCUGCUUUGUUGCCUUCCUUCCUUUCAUAGAAUCUUUAGGCUAAUUAGAAACAAUUUUCCCUCUUGUGACACAAAUAUCUCUCGUGAAACAUUAACAUGUAAAUAACUACAAAACACAAUUAGAAAUUAUAGAUUUUUCGUGCAAUAAUAUCUCACAAGAUUUAUCGAUAAUUGUUAAAAUUUGAUUAAAAAUAUCCGAAAUGGAUUUACAGUACCUAAAAAAUUAAUUAUCCGCAAAUAUAAAUCGAAAGAUUCAAGGCGAUUUCGCUUAAUUAGUGUUUUAUCGCUGUUAAUUUCUCGCUCGAUCUGGCAAAUGUCCAUAUCUCUUUAUUUAUUGCAAAAAAAAAAGAGAGAAAAGAUCGACGGAAGUAAUCGACGGGAAUCGAAAUUAAUCGACGACGUGUAAAGGUCAGGCGCGAUCUAACAAAUUACCGAUAUCAGUAUUACCGAUACGGGAUGCGAGGCACGCGCCGUAUCUGUUUGAACAGUGACUUCUGCGAGACGUCCGUGAUGCCAGCUCGUGAGAGAGGCUCGGGCUGUAUAAAAGCUACGUAACUUUUCGCCUUGGGGCGACCGAGCGACCGGAGGCCGGCCGAGAAGGGACGGUGCACUUGACUUCCCGGCGAUCGAGAUCGUUCCGUGAGAUCACGACCUCGUAGGUUUCUCCCGCGGACUCUGUGUGUAGGAAGGAAACCGUCCAAGAAGGAAGCCCGGUGCGUUAGUCCUUGCCUGAAAUAGAGCGCCACGUAUGCGUGCGCGGCUUCUGAGUAGAAUAUUUAAUUUGCGCAGAAAACCGAAUGUUUGAUGAUUAGGCUUAACUUGCGCGAAAUACGUGCGGCUUAACGCGCGUCUUGUCCUCGCGAGCGAUCUGGCUGAGUCAACCUGCGAUCGGCCUGCGAUUGAGGUUGAAACACGUCAGGGAGAUUCCCGGAAUCGAUCGAUUGCAUGGUACUUUUACACGGAUCAAUCGUGGAUGCCGAUGACGCUAUCUUCGGGUGGAUGGAUUCAAGGUUACGAAACGUUUGCCGCUGGUAAUUCGGACGUGUUGCAUAAGGACCAUCGCGUAUCGUCGCGGUUACGCUAACUUUCGUAAGCCGAUGAUUCGGAAGUUACAUUAACUGCUGCCAAGGCAAGCAAUUUCAGUCCGCAUCGCGUAAUUUCCACCUGUUUAUACUCAGCCGAUCGAGCUUUCGAUAAUCGGUCGAAACCUUUCGGGAAAUCUGUGAGACGAAUCGUCAUUUUUAUCACGAAUGCAGAUUUCGCAAAGUUAAUUCUGUCAUAAUAGCGAAGAAGAUUAAAUCGCGAUUAAAUACGAUUGCCGUGAAAUUCAUUAUAAGAGAAUAUCAACCUCCCACGCGAUUGUCGGAUCUCUUACAGAAUUACUGUAACACUCGGUCGGCAGCAGUCACGGUCGGUGUUUUUCGUUUUAUCCGAUCCGAUCGGACAAGAGAAAAACGCGCGAUUCACACGUGUCUCGACGCGCCUUUGACGUUGCGUAAAAUGGAGCACGCGAUUGUUCCCGACGGCACAGGUGCAACACGAUGGCGCGGAGAUGCCAUCUCCCGCGUCGGUUGCACUUUCUUCAAGCGUUUCGCGAACAGAGAGAGAACUAAAUCGUCGAGCAACUCACUCCUUCCACCAUCCCGUCGUUAAUUACGCGAAUUAAGAGCAGAUUGAAGAUAAAGCAGAAUUUCUCCUUCACUCUUCACAUCAAUAUCAUUGUCAUGCGACAUUCUUGCGGCAAAUUAUGAGUUCGUGUUUCAACGGCGAACGAUAUGCGGGCCAAACGAAAAACGAGGUCCAGAUUACGCGGAACAAUAUAAAAAUCAAGCAAAUUGGAGAGCACGCGAUAAGACGGAACUCUCUUCCGGUCGUUGGACUUGCUCACGACCGGACAAACACACGAAGGACGGUGAAUUACAAAGUACAAGAUUGCAGAUACUUCGUCACACGAAUAAAAAAAACUGAUAUUUUCUUGCAUGUUAAAGUACAGAACAGAUAUUUCAUGACAGCAUGAAUUAAUGUUUAAUUUAUUAACGAUAAUGUGAGGCCAUUUAAUAUUUUACUGGCGGAAUUUUUUCAUCAAAGAUUUUUUUCAUAUAUCCUCCCUAAGAGCGAUCGGAACCGAUUAAAAUUUCCUUAUUACACUUUAUACUCUCGUAUUAAUAAAAUCUCGAUUAAAUUAUUAAAACGAGUGACUAUUAUCAUAAUUCAUAAAUGAGAAGUUAUUUGUAGCCAUUAUUCAUCAUUUGAAGUGAUUCUGUACUAUACAAUAGAGAAAAAACAAACGCGUUACGCAUUAUCCACCGAAAAACAAAUGCCAAUCUAUUCGCGACAUUAAAACCAUUGUCGGAAGUUGAGAUAUAAGACAGGUAUAGACGCGCCUUUCCCCGUCUGUCAUUCGAGGAGAAUAAAACCCGCGUGUCGAGGUGUGCCGCGGUUACGCGCGGAAUUUACAAGAGAUAAGAGCGAGCCCACACUUCCUAGACGCUCGUUACGCGGUCGUUAGGAGAUAACGCGCCUCGUGGUGAUUUACGCUCGCCGCACUUCCUGUAUCCGCGAGACAGGGAAAUAGGAUCGAUCGAUUGAUCACGAUCCGGUCGGCGUCAACCGGACUUUUAGGGCACAAUUAAUGGUGGACCCUUCCCUCAACCUUCCGUUUGUCCUUGCGUUUAGAGCACCCACGGAGAAGUGUCCCCUCGCAUCAGCAAGGCGCUACGCAAGGUGGACUCUGCCGCCGCCACCAUGUACGUGCGUCUGGGAAGGAAGAGAAAAAAAAAAGAUCGAUCCUCUCGGCCGUGGUGGAACUGCCCGUGUGUAGAAUCGACGUGGUGCGAGCCGCGAUGCGAGCGAGCGAGCGAGCGAGCGAGCGAGCACGAACGCGCUCGCACGUCUACAAGAGUGGGAGAUACGAAGGUAUAAAACCGAUCUGGUAGACUGGUGCCAGCCAGUCCAAAGGCCAGAUGCGGCGGCGGCUCUAGUCGCACGCGUGCGAGAGAGACGAUCACGACAUACUUGGCGUGCGGUACUCCUCUCAUUAACAGAAACGCGAAACGCGCGUCACAUACAUACGCAUACACAAUACACACAUGUUACAUGCGGCAGUGACCAGCGCACUACCGGUCAUACCUCAGUAGUGAUUCCGUGCAGGAUUUUCGCCAAGGGCUUUUCGAAAGCGAGUUCGCGCAUCCAAAGGGAAUCAUUAGGUUGACGAGGGGACGAGAGACGAGAGGCAUUGUCCUGCUCCGAGGGGAGAGAAAGGACAGCGAGCUCCGAUUCGGCUCUGUCUUCGAAAACACAUUCCCUAGGAUAUAUAUGCGCUUACUCGUGAUAUCGAUCUUUUCCCCCCUAAACAUACCGAAGAUCUCGAAACGCCGAUAGUCAAGCACGGAGCGCGAAAAGUCGAUCUGUUCUUCGAGGGUGACCGGCAGUGGAUUUCUUGUGAGAUACGUGGAUUAAUACGAGGGAGAUCACCAGCCGACACUAGCCAGGGAGUGGUGAUCUCGUUGAGGAACGAGGUUCGACACGAGGGACUCGACUCCCGGAUAAGAUACUGAUGAGGAUCCAAGAAGCGUCUUCGGCCAACAAUCUAGACGAGAGUAUUCUAUCAGGGUGGCGUCGCGAAAGAUCGACGCCUCGUAGCAUGUCGGCUAUUCGCAUUAACGUGGAGGAGGCUUCCAACGGCGGUGAGGAUAUCGUUAGAGACAUCGAGACGACGGCGGUGGCGACGACAACAACAACGGCGGUGGCUGCAGCCAACCCGCUUUCCUGGCAUAUCCCAAGGCCGUCCUUGGUCGGGCGCAGCGAGAGGGACAGCGAAAAUGGAAGCUGGGCUCAUCACUUGCAUCCGAACUCCCCCUCGAGAGGGUCAACGUCGUCUCAAGGAUCCACCGCCAGCACACACAGCGCCGCGUCGGGAACGUUGCUGCUCACGGCUGCGAAUCUGGCGAACCUCGCGGCCAUACAUCCGCCCACGGUGACGGCGCCGAAGCAGAUGGACACCGCCUCGGUGGCCAGCAGCACUCACUUCACGGUGGUGAACGGCCUCGGCAGACCGGCCACCGUCUACAGGAAGUCCUGGUGCGCGCGAAAUCAGCUCACCGUACUCGUGUGCACCAUGAGCUUUCUGUUCAUGGUCGGUCUGCUCGCCGGGAUCCUCUACAUGGAAAUGAGGGCUCGCGACAAGUACAACUAGGCCGAGGGCAGGAGCGAGGAGGGGCAGGAGGAAACGGCGACGACACGUGACCGUUAAUGAUGAUCAUCGUGAUAGAAGCGGGCGACGAAGAAAACUACUACUACGGAAAGAGAAUGGAGUCGCGGGGAAAAUUCUCUUCUCCAUGCGGACGAAGAGAAAAAGAGAGAGAGAGAGAGAAAGAGAGAAGGAGAAAACGCACGAUUCGCAGUCACGAUAUUAAUUUAACUUGCUCGUAUAUAUUUAUGCGUACAUGUAUACAUCAUCUGUGUUGUAAGCCGUUCGGAGACCGCUGCUCUCGGUCAGCAGCAGACGUUCCCGACGACGGCGGCGGUUAGAAUCUUAAGUGUCUAUUGUAUUGCACCGUGACAAAAGUGUGGUACGUGAAAAACCGAGUAAUUACAUUUGUGUAAUGAGUAACAUACUGUUGAGGAUUAUAGACAGACGAGACGUCCCCACGAGAUGGGAUUUAGCCCUGCGUAUAUUUAUAAUGCUGGAUCUUAAAACGCGGAUCCCCCGGAUCGCGUCGCGAGACACGAUCCGGCGAAUAGCGUAACAUAUUAAUGCUAGUUAAUAACUUCUUACCGCGUAGCGCGUGUCAUGUAGAGCAGAAGUUUAACUUUCUCUAAAAUUUCUUCACUCUGUUUUACGUGUGGUUGUGACACUUCUCUGCACGCCGCAUACCUUUUUUUUUUCGCAUAGAAAGAGAGAGAGAAAUAUGUAUGUGGUAAGGAGUUACGGACGAAUUAGUGACACACAAAGUGGUUCACGAUUGCUCUAAAUAGAACGUUCACUUUUAGAGACGCUUCUCCUACUUAAGUUCUCAACCGAUUUACCGUUCGUCGUAAAUCGCGUCGACAUUGUCGAGAGCCGACAAGAGAAAAAGAGAGAGGAGGGAGAAGAGAGGAGAUAAAAUAUCGACGAUAAAACAUCACUGGUGUGUGUCACUAAUCCUAAUCGUCCAACGAAAUCUCGAAUCACGAUAGUAUUUUGAAUAACGAGUAACGACGGACAGUUUGAAGCAAUUGACGAGAUGGGAUCAAGAUAGCAAACAUCUACCUUAGGGCCUGUAAUUUAAUGUCUACUAACAAGCUACCUUAAUCGCACUUGGAUUUCCGUCGAAUUGUUAUUCCGGGAGCAAAUGUAAGAGCGGAAGAGCAAUGAAGGGCGGUCGCGUUGAUCGCUCUUCGCGUCUGUGAUAUUACUUGCGUAUUAAUCGUCGAUUGAACAAGAAACUGUCAAACAUA